UGUGUGAAAAUUGUGCCUCACGAACGCUAGUGCCAAGUGUUUUUGAACGAAUUUACUAGAAAGUUGCGAAAUCGACACGAAUAUCGAACAUCUCAUGGCUGCUUUUAGGUUCUAUGGUGUUCCGAUAUUGUCCGACGAUUUAGACUGGGCUAGGCCUAAGAGAAUUUUUUGGGUGUCAACCGUCGUCGGGCGUUUUAUCAUUUGCACUGGGAUCGAUAGCUAAUUUUUGGGGCUAUCCAGCAGGGUUAGUUUCACUUUACAAAAAAAAUCGUGUGCUCCGUGAAAAAUAUUGCGCAGUAGUGACACGGAACCUAAAUAGCCAGAAAAAAAAUGGUGGUCAACCAUCUCGACAUUAUAGAUGUCGGACUCUGAAGUUCAGGAGAAGAAGGCGCGAGGCAGGCCUAGAAAGUCUGAAGCCGACAAAACUACAUCACCCGCUGCAAAAAAACCUAAGGUUGAUGAUGGCCCCAAGCGGGGACGCGGCCGCCCAAAGGGUUCCGUGAAUAAGAAGAAAAAGGGAUCUAUCAAAAAGGGAGCCGCUGGUGGCAAAAAGCGCGGACGCAAACCCAAGGCCGCGAAACCCCCACCCCAAGCUGAGGAGGAAGAAGAGGCUGCCGAGGACGGCGACGAGUAGGUCGUCGGCAACAACUACUACAUGAUAACACCUACUACCAACUAACAAGCAAGAAACACCAUCAUCAACCCGCUCGCUGUCAUGGAGCAGCAACGACAAAAACAAUCAACAAUAACAACAUCGAGGAACUUUUCGAGGAAGUAGUUCUGGCGUUGCCAUAUCGUGGGCAGGCUCUGGAAAAGCGACAGACGGCGAAAUAGUCCAACGAUCGUUGUUGCUGUAUUCACUAGUAUGUUUUCAAUUAGUAGAGCAACGGUUAUAGGGUCUGAUGGUGCAACAGCCUCAGCUACUAACUAUCAUACCUUGAUCAUCUUCAGCCAGAUCAGUCGUGCGAGCCCAGUAUGAAUGUAUGUAUGUACAUGAUCAUCAUCGUGAAAUUGUUCCGGCCUGGCAUGGCUGGGUCCCGAGAUCGUUGUGCGUUCCAUCUACCUAUACAUUUAUUGUUUUCCCAUGUCUGUUAUGGCCUGCACACGUGGUUCAAGUGCGCUUCCUGCGGUAUCGAUGCUGAAAACUAUCGCUGGUUGAAACUCGAAGAACAGGCGGUACCGAUGCGAAAGAACUCAUGUCGUUGACGACCAUUACGAUAUGGAAGAUGGCGAUGCCAGAUUACAUCCACGGUAUUCAUUAAUACUUAGUAUAUAUUCAUACAUAUUCACGAACAUCUAUACAACAAAGUAAUUGAACGAACAAGUCAUUGUGUAAAUGUCAACAUCAACAGUAGCCGCUUUCCAGCGACGGGUUGGGGGCGCACGCUCCACAGCGUCAGUGGUGCAGCCUCGCUUAAUUCACCUAGCAAGAAGAAAAAGAAAAACAAAGUAACUAUAAGAGCGCUUACCACAAGGCGCAAGUGAGGCGGUGCCACCUUUGUAUAAAAAAGAAAGCAACCUUAAUAAUGAAUAUUAGUAAUAAUAUGAAAAGAAACGUCAUAUAUAUUAAAAUAUUGCAUCGCGUGGCAUUACUACCUACGAAGUUCACUAGUAUUAUUGAAUGAAUACUAGUAUAUAUAUAUAUAUAUAUAUAUAUAUAUAUAUAUAUAUAUAUAUAUAUAUAUACAUAGAUAUAUAUAUAUAUAUAUACAUAGAUAUAUAUAUAUAUCUAAAACAAAUGUGAAAGUAAGCUAAAGCUCAACAAAUUGAUAAACAUAACUAUACAUUCGAUAAUAAACGGUAAUAAUACUAAGCCAUUAGCGUGCAAGCACCCAUGUGACACACCUUCAUUUUGUCUCAUACCUGGGGUCGCAUUGUAUCAUGAAGCAUAUUGGUACGUACGAGAGCGAGAAAGAGCGUGAGCGAAACAUGAGUGAGUAACAAUAACUUCAUUAAAUAAAUUUCAUCCAACCAAAACAAACGAAUGGUGAUACUGUCUUCUUUUUGUAUCCUGGUAUACGCUGGCGACCGUUUUAUUAUGAUAGAGAAUAUUCACCAGGAAAAAGGGUAUAGGAAAAUACCCGUCAUUGUGCUACAUACAUACUGCUGCGUACUUCGAUGCCUUUAUUCGCUUACGGUGAAGAACGUUUGUGGUCAGGAGCAAUGUCAGUCCUAUUGUUGGGAUGAAAAAUGGUCGAACUGAAAAAGAUUGUCAAAAAUGAAACCCAUAUACCUAUUAUUCAAUAGCUUUCAGUCUUGUUAAUAGCCUUUCUGCUUAAACCAGCAGUUCUUAUUUCAUGGCAAAUAAACGAUGUUUAUUGUACUUAA